UUAUCAAUAUAUCUGUGAAAUUUGCCUACAUAUCUGCCCAUCUGCCUCUCCCUGACUGUUUGUUUGGGGGUCUGCUAUAAUAUACUUUCAACAAUGUGAUUGCCCCCUUUUUUGUUUUUAAGUUCUACACAAGCAGCCUCAGUUGAGAAGCUUUCUAAGAUACCAUCCUUCCUUAGGGCUCCUUCGUUAUGAGGAUAUGUUACCACUUCCUCAGCAUUUACUGUAUUAUUGUGUUCACUUCAGUCUUGAUUAUCAGCUAUUUGCCUUAAUAUAGAUUAUCUGUUGUUUGCAGGGUGGUCACAUGAUUACUCCUCUUCCAGCUGCCAUCCCACUGAAGCCAGGGUCAGCUACUUUUCCCUUUUUUGGUGUUGUUCCUGCUGUUCUCAAUGAAUCUGGAGAAGAACUGGAAGGAGAGGCCGAAGGUUAUUUGGUAUUCAAGAAGCCUUGGCCAUCCAUAAUGCGUACAAUUUAUGGCAACCAUCAGCGUUUUGAAACCACCUACUUUAAGAAGUUCCCUGGAUAUUUUGUCACGGGAGAUGGUUGCAGGAGAGAUAAAGAUGGUUAUUACUGGAUCACUGGAAGGAUUGAUGACAUGCUAAAUGUAUCUGGGCAUCUUUUGAGCACUGCUGAAGUGGAGUCUGCAUUAAUAGAACACACAGCUAUAGCUGAAGCUGCUGCUGUAAGUCAUCCCCAUCCAAUAAAAGGAGAAUGCCUCUACUGCUUUGUCACGCUGAAGGCUGGAUAUGAAUUUACUGAAACACUGGUUGCUGAACUAAAAGAUCAAGGUAACUGUUUCUGGAGAGUACUAGAGCAAAUUUAAGCUCAACAACUUGUUUAAAAAAAUUGAUGACAAAAUCUCAUCAUUACUUGUGAAAAUGGGCAUUGAAUAUGAUUUAUUGCCUCGGUGUGAUUAGUUACGUGGUUUGAAAAAAAAGUUUUCCUUCAUUUCUUACUUCCCAAAGACUUUUCUGUAAAGUGUAUGGGCUCCAAAUCGAAUAGUCUCAAGUAAUACAGGCUUGGGGGUUGUAAUGUUCAGCUGUCUGCGUCAGGUGCUGGAAGCCAUUCUCCAACUGAUUCUGACUUAGGAAACACUUGGUGCAAUAUAGAGCAAGGGAGGCUGUAAGAUUUUUCAAUGCUGUAGUGGAGGCCUUGGUUGAUAAGGUGGAU